AUGUACGAUAAUGACCCAGACUACUAUGGAGGACCAGACUACGAAGGACGGGAAACGGCCGGUGGGAAAAUGUCGGCCGCGUUUGGCUCGUUGUGCCUGGGCAUAGUUCUGUUCCCAGUGUCGCUGGCGGUGCUGGGGUACAAUGAACAGCUCUACAUGUGUACGCACAAGAACAUUCUCUACGCCCAAAAGAUGGCGGAGGUGAUAAGCUGCAAUGAGCAGCAAAGCUUUUUUCCAGACAUGGUUGUUUAUCUGGCCUGCCCCAUUCACGAGGACAGCCUCCAUGUCUACACUCCUGCAUCCUUUGGAUCCAGUGGCCUGGGACAGUCCAUCACUUUCAGGUCGUCGGCAGGUGCGCAGACCGCUGAGAUGUAUCAAUGCGUGGAAUCUUCGCACGAAGAGAAGUGCGGAAAAGACGAAAAAUGUAGAGCCUACAGUUAUAAAAUGGAAUGGUUACGCCAUCCUGUGGAUUCAAAUUCAUUCUCUAUGACGGGCCAGGCACAGCAAGCCCGACAGAGCGGCUGCCCUGGCUUCCAAGGCAAUCCGCCUUGGCCUCACGAUGUCCUUCCCACCGUGGAGACGAGUUGGGAUACCACGCCUCUCACCUUCGAGAGGCUAAUGGAAGUUAUAGCUGCGAUGCAGAAGACUUCCUUGGACUCUCUGGCAGUGCUUCGCUUUCACUCCACGCAGAAGUGCACGGGCAAGAUCCAAGGCCCCACACUUCCGUUCCUCCUCCAAGCAGGCAAUCGCACGCCGGCGGCACUGGAGCUCUACGAUCACCUCCGUCUGCUCACCAACUCCGCGGUUGGGCAGCUGAUAGGCGGUUCCUCCUUCCAUAUCUCACGUGCGGAGGCUGGCAACGUCGUCUUCUUCAAGAUGCCCCACCUGCCCCACGAUGCGAG